UUUUUACCAGAAUUGUAUCUUUAGUUUAUAUUAUCUCAAACCAAUGCUUGUGUGUAAAAUGAUUUUCAGAAAAUAUGUUUGCCUGUUGCUAUUGACAUAUGAUGUACCAGUACAUAGCUAUCUUAUUUUGAAAGCAUUUAGUUAAUGUUAUAUUCCUUGAUUGAAACAUAUAGAUGUUUAUCUACGUAUAUGGGUGAAGGAUGGAAGUUCUACAGAAGCUGUUCCACAUGUGUUGAUAGACUGGCAUAUCAACUUGUCUGGCCUCAUGUUCUUCUCAGACAAGCUGCAGCAAGACAAAUACAAGAAUAUUCCAAAUAUGGUGAUGAUAGGAAUGUUUGACAAGUAUUUUGUUGCUCCAGAGACGAGUAUUCCUCCAGAUAUAGACACAUGGCUGGUAGAUCCUUUAACAACGAUUAGAUGUUCUUAUAACAUAAAUUCAUUGUCAAGAAUCCACACAGUUCUGCGUGCCAUCAGCCAAAUGCAAGUGUCUGUGAAACGUGUUCAUAAUUCAAUAGAAGAUAAACUCCUCUCAUCUCAAGAAAAGUCCAAGAAGUUGGCUGCUAGGGAGGAUCUUGUCUUGAAAGUAGGCCAGUUAAAAAAUGAGCUUGCCUGGCAGAUGAACAAAUUGCAGCAACAAAAAGAUAUCUAUGACAACUGCCUGAAAGCUAUAGAUGAAAGGAGUCAUGAUCUGAAAAAAUCUUUCCAUGAACUGGAGAAAAAUCGAGAAAACCAUGAAGAAAAGAAGAAAACUUACUUUCAGAUUCGUGAAAAUUAUAUCAAGGAAAACUAUCAGCUUUUGAUACGUAGAAAACAGCUGAUCAGUGAAUUGACAACUUACAUAUAUCCAAUUACAGAGACAAAGGAUGGAAGGUUGUGUAUAUGUUCUGUGUAUUUGCCAAAUUCUGAACAAUUUCAUGGUCAAGAUGACAUGAGAACUGCUGUUGCCCUUGGAUACACGUGUCACCUGGUUGAAAUGAUGUCACAUAUUUUAGAUUUUCCAUUACGAUAUCCAAUGCACCAUAACUCAUCUAGAUCUUCUAUAACUGACCAUAUACAUUCCAAACUAACAGCUAAAGACAAAACAUUCCCAUUGUAUGCCAAAGGCAAAGAAAAAUUCCAGUUCAAUUAUGGCGUGUUCUUGUUAAAUAAAAACAUAAGCCAGUUGAGAUUUUACUGCGGGCUUGGGACCACCGAUUUAAGACUCACACUACCAAACAUUAAAACUCUCCUAGAGUCAAGAUUGGGCAUUAAGUUUGACAGCCAUGAGAUGGGAAAGACUAAACUCGAGUUCAAAGACAACUUGAGUAUACCCUCUAAUGGAAAAACAGAAACAGUAAGCUCUCUAGCUUCAGGAGGUAAAAACAGUACUAAACAUCCUGAGGAAGUUGAUUUAGAGAGAGCACUUUUAACAGACAAGCAAAGAGACGAAAUGGACUCAAAGUCUGCAAAUAAAGAAAACAGUCCAGUUCAUUUGACAGAUGAUAAUACUAAAAGAACAGGACACAGUCCCAGUGAUAAUGAAGAAAUGUUUCAAGCAUCUGAUGACAAUUUUUUCAAACUUAAAAUGACUACCUUUAACAAUGAUUCAGCAAAUAAUUCAAGUUGUGGUUCAUUUACUGAACAAACCAAUGGAAUGAUGUCAUUCAGUAGAAACUUUAGUCUCUCUCCGUCCCCCGGCAGUGGAGAAAACAAUAUAAGUACAGAAAACAAUUUAAGUGGGGAAAAUGAUGUGUUGUUAGUAAACCAUUCCACAAUGCAAGGUGCAGAUUCUAAAACCAGUCUAGGGUCAUGUGAAGAACUCUCAUCAGGGGAGGAUACUCUAGAGAGUAGUAAAGCGCCACCUAGUGAUUCAGUCUGUGAUAAUACCAGUGUAACAAAUAGUGCUAUAGCAUCAGAAGUAACUACCACAGCUUCAACUGAAGAACAUGCAGAAAAUAUUAAUGGACAUUCUGCAGAAAUCUUAUAUAAGAGAACGUAAAAUGAUGCUUUGUAGAACAUAUUAAUGUGCUUUGGCCUUCCAUUUAACCAGGGUCCAGAUUCAUCAAAGUCCUAAGUCUAAAAUGUAAGCUUUAACCCUAACCGUGCUAAAUUACUGUUAUGAACUUGUCCAUAUUUCAAUUUGGACAGAACCAUUGUCUGUUAAAAGGGGUGCUUACCAAAAAGAUACUGACUGAAUGGCGAACAGUGCAGAUCUUGAUCUGCAAGGAUGUGCAGGCUGAUCAAGAUCUACACUGGUUGCAAAAGCAGAAUAAACUGUGUACAGCAUGAUGAGGGUUAAUAUUAAAUCUUUAUACAUUGAAGUAGCUAUGAUAUCUUAAACAAUGCCUCUUAGUUAUGUUUUGUAACAACGUGAGUUAUCUUUUAUUAUGUCAAAUUUCAUUAAAAGCUGUUGUUAUUGAAUAAGAGUAAAGUAAACUGAAAAUGAAGCAUUUUAGAUUAUAAAGUCUAUACUUACGUGACUUGUUAUGAUGAAUAUGGACCCUGUAGUAAUUGCUAUGAAGGUAGAAAGUGAAAGUUAGUGGUACACAUUAAUUUACUAAUCACUUCUAUAUACUGUGAAAUGACUAAUCGGUGUUAUUCAUGAUAGAUUUUUUAAAAAUUUCACCUCUCUGUCAAUCCACAAAAUUUUAUCUGCAGCUUAUACUAGUAUGGGUAUCUUUAAAACUUAAAAUCCAUGAAGUUUAAUCUCCACAAAUAAGUCGUGAUAGCCAAAACUACAACAUUUUGUGUGCAACUAAAUUAUAAAAUAUAUGAUUUUCCAAUAUACAUGUAUAGCUAAACUGAAGAUUUGGCAAUAUUUGCAGUACUUGUAUUUUUUGCUGUUUUUCCUGACAAGUUGUAACAAGCAUGAGUAUUAUCUAGCAGUAUGUUGAAAAGUAAAUAAAUAAAGUUGAUAAUUUUUAGCAACGGAAAAAACUGCUGUUAAAUCUGGAAAUAAAACUGAGGUGAUAAAAACACUGAAUCUACAGUAAUACUCUGUAAGUAGAGUGGCUAACAAUAGAGAUAGUAGUGAUUACCAAUGUAUGUAUACCGGUACUAAGAUAUAAAGUGAUGAUCUCAGAGUACUGAGAGAAUGGUUUCCAUUAUUUUAUCACACAGAAAGUUAUCUUAUGAAUCGAAGAGAUCUCCCAGUCUGUUGCUCAGUCACAAUGUCGGUCACUUUUAAACUACAAUGCUCACGUUGGUUAUUCACAUUCUAGUCAUUCUGCUGUACAUUGUAAUUCAUUCACUGUUAAGGUAUUUUGCAAUCUUAGGGAGCUUUUUGGAGCUAUAUAUAUAUAUAUAUCUGCCAAUAGGACAGUAUCAUCACAGGCAUUUCAGUAGAAAAUAUUGGAAGAUCUAAUUGUAAACUGUAAAUCAACUUUUAAUUUUUAGCUCACCUCUCACAAAGUGACAAGGUGAGCUUUUGUGAUCGUGCGGUGUCCGUCGUCCGUCCGUGCGCGCGUCCGUGCGUCCGUCCGUAAACUUUUGCUUGUGACCACUCUAGAGGUCACAUUUUUCAUGAGAUCUUUAUGAAAGUUGGUCAGAAUGUUUAUCUUGAUGAUUACUAGGUCAAGUUCAAAACUGGGUCACAUGCCAUCAAAAACUAGGUCAGUAGGUCUAAAAAUAGAAAAACCUUGUGACCUCUCUAGAGGCCAUAUAUUUCAUGAGAUCUUCAUGAAAAUUGGUCAGAAUGUUCACCUUGAUGAUAUCUAGGCCAAGUUCGAAACUGGGUCACGUGCCUUCAAAAACUAGGUCAGUAGGUCUAAAAAUAGAAAAACCUUGUGACCUCUCUAGAGGCUGUAUAUUUCACAAGAUCUUCAUGAAAAUUGGUCAGAACGUUCACCUUGAUAAUAUCUAGGUCAAGUUCGAAACUGGGUCACGUGCCUUCAAAAUCUAGGUCAGUAGGUCAAAUUAUAGAAAAACCUUGUGACCUCUCUAAAGGCCAUAUUUUUCAUGGGAUCUGUAUGAAAGUUGGUUUGAAUGUUCAUCUUGUGGAUAUCUAGGCCAAGUUCGAAACUGGGUCACGUGCGGUCAAAAACUAUGUCAGUAGGUCUAAAAAUAGAAAAACCUUGUGACCUCUCUAGAGGCCAUAUAUUACAUGAGAUCUUCAUGAAAAUUGGUCAGAAUGUUCACCUUGAUGAUAUCUAGGUCAGGUUCGAAAGUGGGUCACAUGCCAUCAAAAACUAGGUCAGUAGGUCAAAUAAUAGAAAAACCUUGUGACCUCUCUAGAGGCCAUAUUUUUCAUGGGAUCUGUAUGAAAGUUGGUCUGAAUGUUCACCUUGAUGAUAUCUAGGUCAAGUUCGAAAGUGGGUCACGUGCCUUCAAAAACUAGGUCAGAAGGUCAAAUAAUAGAAAAACCUUGUGACCUCUCUAAAGGCCAUAUUUUUCAUGGGAUCUGUAAGAAAAUUGGUCUGAAUGUUCAUCUUGGUCAAAAACUAGGUCAGUAGGUCUAAAAAUAGAAAAACCUUGUGACCUCUCUAGAGGCCAUACUUUUGAACGGAUCUCCAUAGAAAUUGGUCAGAAUGUUCACCUUAAUGAUAUCUAGGUCAAGUUUGAAACUGGGUCACGUGCCAUAAAAAACUAGGUCAGUAGGUCAAAUAAUAAAAAAAACAUUGUGACCUCUCUAGAGGCCAUACUUUUCAUGGGAUCUGUAUGAAAGUUGGUCUGAAUGUUCAUCUUGGUGAUAUCUAGAUCAGAUUUGAAACUGGGUCAACUGCGGUCAAAAACUAGGUCAGUAGGUCUAAAAUUAUUAAAAAAUUUUGACCUCUCUUGAGGCCAUAUUUUUCAAUGGAUGUUCAUGAAAAUUGAUCUGAAUGUUCACCUUGAUGAUAUCUAGGUCAGUUUCGAAACUGGGUCACGUAUGGUCAAAAACUAGGCCAGUAGGUAUAAAAAUAGAAAAACCUUGUGACCUCUCUAGAGGCCAUAUUUUUCAUGAGAUCUUCAUGAAAAUUAGUGAGAAUAUUCACCUUGAUGAUAUCUAGUUAAAGUUCAAAACAGGGUCACGUACCUUUGAAAACUAGGUCAACAGGUCAAAUAAUAGAAAAACCUUGUGACCUCUCUAGAGACCAUUUUUUUCAAUGGAUCUUCAUGAAAAUUGGUCAGAAUUUUUAUCUUGAUAAUAUCUAGGUCAAGUUCAAAACUGGGUCACAUGAGCUCAAAAACUAGGUCACUAUGUCAAAUAAUAGAAAAAACGAUGUCAUACUCAAAACUGGGUCAUGUGGGAAGAGGUGAGCGAUUCAGAACCAUCAUGGUCCUCUUGUUUCUUAUUGUGCAACAAAAAUAUGCUUCAGAGUCUAAUCCAAUAAAUAAGUUGAUGAACUGAAAAGAGGGGAGAGGGGUAUCACUGCACCUUUAUGUUUUUUGAGUUAAGCAACCUGAGCACAAUGUGCUCAAGGUGAGCUAUUCUGAUACCCAUUUGUUGUCUGCACUACUUACAUUUUGGAUGUCAAAAUUAUUACCAAGUCUUAAUGAAACUUGGUCAGAAUGUAUAUCUCUAGAAAAUCUUGAAAGAGUUUGAAGAACUGGAUCAUUUUUGGUCUACGGCUAGUGUCACUUGGUCAAAUCUUAAAAAGAAAAAACUUGUUUAGCAAGGAGAAGUUGGCAGUUACUUGCAUAGAACAGGUUAGUAUUGAUACAGAAUCUAAGAACACUGGUUGGGUCAUCUGACAACCGAAAUACUGUUAAAAAAUAGUGCAUAACCCAAAACAAACAAGGAGGCUGUGUCUUCAACCUGGUCAUUAUGAAACAUGGUUAAAAUGUCUUUAUGAAAUCUAGUUCAAUUUUGAAACAUUACACACAAAAACUAGGUCACAGUUUCAAAUAAUAGAAACAUUUGUUAACAUAAUUUCUACCCUACCUUUAUUAAAUUUUGUCAAAAUGUUUGUCUUUAUUGAGGUAAGGUCAAGUUUAAAACAUAUAUCUGAGGUGAAAAAAAAUAUGUCGCCUUGCCAAAUGAACCUUGUUAGUUAACACUACUGAGUCAGAUUUUCUACCUGAUUUUGUGAACUUUUGUCAGAAUGGUUGUCUUUGUAAAAGCAAGGUCAAGUUUGCAGAAGUACGGCAAGUGAGGGAUAGAGCUAUCAGAGCCCUCAAACGUUUAUAAUAGUGACUGAAAUAUUUCAGUGAAUGCUUCUCAUCUCUAUCUACCUCUUCACAUGUCUCCCUUGUUGUAUUUGCAAUUAACCCUUACCUUGCUAAAUUUCUAUGAUGAACUUGUCCAUCUUUUCAUUUGGACAAUACCUUUAUUAUUCGAAGGGGUGUUCAAUGAAAAUUUACUGAUUGAAUAGCAAACAGUGCAGACCAUGAUCAGCCUGCACAGAUAUGCAGGCUGAUCUUGGUCUGUUGUGGUCACAAAGGUUAAAUGAAAACUGUUGUCAUUCUCCCUCCCAGAAUUUGAAAAAAGAGUUAUCAUAGGACAAUAAAAUUAAUGAAAUG